UCUCCUCGUCAGCUCCAGUCGCAGCCGUUCUCCCGGUCCUGGUCCCGGCACCAUGAGCUUUGGCUCGGAGCACUACCUGGGCGCCGCCUCCUCCUACCGCAAGGUGUUCGGAGACGGCUCGCGCCUGUCCUCGCGCCUCUCCGGGGCCGGCGGCGCGGGUAGCUUCCGCUCGCAGUCGCUGUCCCGCUGCAAUGUGGCCUCCUCGGCUGCCUGCUCCUCGGCCUCGUCGCUCGGCCUGGGCCUGGCCUACCGCCGGUCUCCGGCGUCCGACGGGCUGGACCUGAGUCAGGCGGCGGCGCGCACCAACGAGUACAAGAUCAUCCGCACUAACGAGAAGGAGCAGCUUCAGGGCCUCAACGACCGCUUCGCCAUGUUCAUCGAGAAGGUGCACCAGUUGGAGACGCAGAACCGCGCGCUCGAGGCCGAGCUGGCCGCGCUGCGGCAGCGCCACGCCGAGCCGUCGCGCCUUGGCGAGCUCUUCCAGCGCGAGCUGCGCGAGCUGCGCGCGCAGCUGGAGGAGGCGAGCUCGGCGCGCGCGCAGGCCCUGCUGGAGCGCGAUGGGCUGGCGGAGGAGGUGCAGCGGCUACGGGCACGCUGCGAGGAGGAGAGCCGAGGGCGCGAAGGGGCCGAGCGCGCCUUGAAGGCGCAGCAGCGCGACGUGGACGGCGCCACGCUGGCCCGCUUGGAUCUGGAGAAGAAGGUGGAGUCGCUGCUGGAUGAGCUGGCCUUCGUGCGCCAGGUGCACGACGAGGAGGUGGCCGAGCUACUGGCCACGCUGCAGGCGUCGUCGCAGGCCGCGGCCGAGGUGGACGUGUCUGUGGCUAAACCAGACCUGAGUUCGGCGCUGAGGGAGAUCCGCGCCCAGUAUGAGUCCCUGGCCGCCAAGAACCUGCAGUCAGCUGAGGAGUGGUACAAGUCCAAGUUUGCCAACCUGAACGAGCAGGCGGCGCGCAGCACCGAGGCCAUCCGGGCCAGCCGCGAGGAGAUUCACGAGUACCGGCGCCAGCUGCAGGCACGCACCAUCGAGAUCGAGGGGCUGCGCGGGGCCAACGAGUCCUUGGAGAGGCAGAUCCUGGAGCUGGAGGAGCGGCACAGUGCCGAGGUGGCCAGCUACCAGGAUAACAUUGGGCAACUGGAGAAUGAUCUGAGGAACACCAAGAGUGAGAUGGCCCGCCACCUUCGGGAAUACCAGGACUUGCUCAAUGUCAAAAUGGCUCUUGAUAUUGAGAUAGCAGCUUACAGGAAACUGCUGGAAGGCGAAGAGACACGUUUUAGCACCAGUGGAUUAAGCAUUUCAGGGCUGAAUCCACUUCCCAAUCCAAGUUAUCUGCUCCCUCCUAGAAUCCUCAGUUCUACCACCUCCAAAGUCUCAUCCACUGGGCUGUCUCUUAAGAAAGAGGAGGAGGAAGAGGAGGCUUCUAAGGUAGCCACGAAGAAAACCUCCCAGAUAGGGGAAAGUUUUGAAGAAAUAUUGGAGGAGACAGUGAUAUCUGCUAAGAAAACCGAGAAAUCAAAUAUAGAAGAAAACACCAUUUCAAGCCAAAAAAUAUAA